UAUACCCGGACACCUGUAAACACUGUUUGGUUCAGUGCUAUACUUGCAACACUGUUGGGCCUUCUCGUGUUUGCAGGUGCUCAGGCGAUAAAUGCAGUCUUCUCAAUUUCGGUAACUGCAUCAUAUGUGGCUUAUUCGAUACCGAUAAUCGCUCGCUUUGUCUUCGAGAAUAACUUUAAGCCCGGGCCAUUCAAUCUCGGAUUCUUCAGCUUACCUUGUGCAAUAAUCUCCGUCCUCUGGAUGGCUUUCAUGUUCCUCGUCUUCCUGUUCCCCACAAACCCAGCACCUGCCAGUGCAGGAGACAUGAAUUACUCUGUCGUUGUUCUCGGCAGUAUCAUGCUCUUCUCGAUAUUGUACUAUUAUUUCCCAAAGUAUGGUGGGGUGUAUUGGUUUAAGGGACCUGUGAGGACCGUUGGGGAUCUGAACUCGGCUGGAAAGCAGAGAGAUGCGAGAGAGCUCGAUGAAACCGGGGAGGCUAGGAACAGUGAAGAGAAGAAGGAGCGCGGGGAGAAGGAGAGUGUCAAUGUUGAGUCGACUGAAUCAGCGACUUGA